ACAAUUUACAGAGUAGUCAAUAACACAUAGUUUGUUUCUGGUUGGGGCUUUUUGUGUCAUGUCAAAUUAGGGCAUGCAAUUGAUUUAUGAGUUAUUCUUUCAUCUCAUCUCAUCUCAUAAAAAUUGACAACAAGCGGAGAAGAUGUGAUCCCACUUCUUUGAUUGCAAUUGUAACUGUGAUCCAAAUCAAUUCAAUUCAAUUCAAUUCUAGGGUUUUUUGUCAUGUCGGAUCGGACCAAGGUCGUGGUGCGGCACUUGCCACCCACCAUCUCCGAGGACUCUCUUUCCUCCCUAAUCGACGGUUCCUUCUCUGGUCGCUACAACUGGCUCUCUUUCCGUCCUGCCAAAAUCAGCCCCAAGCAUACAUCAUUUUCUAGAGCUUACAUUGACUUCAACAAACCAGAGGAUGUUAUAGAGUUUGCUGAGUUUUUCAAUGGACACGUCUUUGUCAAUGAAAAGGGAACUCAGUUCAAAGUCACUGUUGAAUAUGCUCCUUCACAGCGUGUUCCAAAGCAGUGGUCUAAAAAGGAUGGUCGUGAUGGAACCAUAUAUAAAGAUCCUGAGUAUCUGGAAUUUCUUGAACUACUUGCCAAGCCUGUUGAAAAUCUCCCUAGUGCUGAGAUACAGUUGGAGAAAAGGGAAGCUGAACGUUCUGGUGCUGGAAAAGAUGUUCCUAUAGUUACACCACUGAUGGACUUCGUGCGCCAGAAAAGAGCUGCCAAGGGACCGCGGAGGUUAUCGUCUAAUGGAAAAGUGACCAGGAGAACUGGCACACCAUCAAAUGGAAGCUCUAGUUCCGCCCCAUCAAGACGUGGUUCUGCAAGGAAGAGAGUUUCCACCACAAUGUAUGUUGCAAGGGACCCAGGGAAAAAUUCUACUGUAAAAGACAAAUCAACUUAUAUUUUGGUUCCCAGGCAAGGUGAUCAGCAUCUUUCAAAUAAAUCUUCAAAUAUAGCUUCUUCAGAUGGAAAUCCAACUUUUGAUGAAAAUGGAAUUGCUGGAAGUAAUGAUGCUGGGAAGAAGGUACUGCUUCUUAAAGGGAAAGAAAGAGAAAUAAUUACUGCAUCUGAUUCAGAUAGCAUGUCACAACAUCAUAGCAUAACAUCUUCAGCUAAAACAAUUCUUAAUUCAACAGCUCUGAAACAGAAUCAGCGGCAUGAAGGUAGUGGAAGAAUUAUCAAAAGCAUACUCUCAAACAAAGAUUUGCGCCAAAAUCAGUCUUCCAGAGCCUAUUCUGAGCGGCAGCUCCAAACAUCUAAUCUAGAAAAAGAAAAACAACCCACUCGCCCCUUACAUGUGCAAUUGAUUUUGAAGGGCACUGAUGGUGCGCCAGAGAAUAGGAUUACUGUACAUGGUUUGCAUGUGUCUAGUGAGAGACAGGAGAGGCGUUUUAGACAAAAGGACAGACCUGACCGUGGUAUUUGGACAAGCCGUUCCAAUGGAGGUGAUGAAUCAUUGUCAUCCUCAGCUUCCUCACAAGUUGAUCCUUUGGAAGGAGGUCAUGCAGAGUUGAAACAUGACACACGCAGUGCAAGAAGUGGGGAGGUAAAAUCUUUUGGAAGUCUUCGUGCCAGUCAUUCAUCAGAAAAUGGUUUCAAUAAGCAUUUUGGUCGCCGUGGACCAAUACAUGGGGUGAAGGAUGUUGAUGGCUAUUCAGUUUCGAGUGAGGGGAAGCAUCCUAGAAAACCUAGUAGCUCUGCUUAUGGUUCCAAUGAGAAACAAGUUUGGGUCCAAAAAGCAAGUUCUGGGACCUAGAGUAUUUAGAUUGUGCUAAGCUUGCUGACAUACAAUUUUGGAGCAUGCAUACUUUUGCUAGCUGCCAGAUUCUGUCUCUUUUUGGUUGACAGAUUCUUACAAGUGAAGGAGUUAGUGUGGUUAAAAAAAUUCUUUUGUAAUACAAGGAAGGAAAGUACUGUGAUUUGGCUUUAAAUAUUUGGAAAUAACUUUAUUGAAGAUGGCUUCGAGUAAAAAGAGAAAAUGAAAGCAGUGGAAUCACAUUGUGGGUGUCUCAUUUUCAAGUUGUUGCGUGUUUGAAGAAUUAUGGAGAGAUUUGCAUUGCCCGGCAAGUUGACAAAAAAUGAACGUUGUCUGGGUUUAUAUAUCUUAGUAUUUUUAGUGUAAAUAUUCCUUUAUUAGAUAAGGGUAUUGGUAUCCUUAGUUUCUAUAAGAUACAAUUACAAUCCCUUAUUAGCUGUCUGUGAAAUUCAAGUGAGCGCUUGCUAAGACUCUGUUACUGGGUAGUUUUCUAGUUACCUUUGUUCACUACUUCGAUGGAUGACGAAGCAGGCUCGCGUCUUGGGUUGUUUGUUGACGGUUGCUACUUGUAGAGCUCAUACGCUGUAGAUGGUGACAUGGUGUGUUACUAAUAUUACUGUGUGGAUUUUGAUUUUCUAUAAAAUAAAAUAUUAAUGUACAGUAUGGUGUUGCAUAACAAAGCUGUUAUAUAAUGUUGCCAGUUUGUUGAUUA